AUGGGGGACCAUGCUGAUGCAGUGUUACAUAUCACACCAGAAGCCCCGGGAAGACCUUCAAUAAGAAACCCUUUUGAAAGUCCUAAUGAUUACCAUCAUCUUCGAGAAUCUCUUGUUCCCAGUCCGUCUGUGUUUUCAUCUAAGACUUGUAAAGCUACACCUCCUAAGUUCACAUGGUCUAUUGAAGAAAUGGCUAGUCUCUUUCCCGUUCAUAUAGACCAGGAGGAAAUUCAGCGACAAUCUUUCUACCUGAGCCAAACAAGGACUGAUUCUGAUAUUGAGCAAAAGUGCCAAAACGCCAUUGACCACUUUUUUACCAAAGGAUCCAUCGUUCCCUCUCCCUGGGCUGCCCCAGAAUCUCGUAAAGUUGGUGCAUUCUGCAAGAAAAGUACUCUGUCUCCAUUAAUUGCUGAAAACAAAGAGAAGAUAUCAGUUGGUUGCCAGACGACACUCUCUUUGCCAUUGGCCUUUGACUUGGAAAAAGUACUUGGUGAAUACUACAGAUACGAAGAGCCAUGUGAUACUGUACAGGAGAGUCUGAGUUCAUCAUCUCUCAGACGAAAACUUUUCCUUGAUGGGCAAGGCAGUGGCUCCGACGGCUCUACGCCUCCAAGUCCAGUUAGAGCCGGGUUACAAGCAGAUGGCACAGAAGGGGCAGCAGAGAACGUGCAUGCCGCUGAUAGAGAAACCCCUUCUUCCAUUUUCUCUUCUCCUCUGUCUUGUGGUAUUGCGGCUGCAACUCCCUCUACGGGUCAGUUUUCAUCUAGCCCAAUCCAGAAUGCUCGUUUCCGGGACUGCAGUCUUGGUAGUAUGAAUAGUCCAGUUUUACCCGACAGAUCCUCUCCAGCUGGCCUUGCCUCACCCAUCAUUUCCCCCAUCUUUGCACAUGCGUCUGUCACACCCAUUGCAUCAAAAAGAAAACCCCCAGCAACUGUGACUCCACUAAAUGUUCCUCAGGAUGGCGAUGUCACUCCAUGCAUCGAAAGCCCAUUUGUCGAGGGAUGUUCCCCUAUUCGUAGCUGCUCCCCACAUCAACUCAACUACCAUGAACUCAAAAACUAUUCCAGAUCAAAACUAAGAAAUAGAGUUGGGUUCUGGGCCUCACCUCCUCCAAUAUCUCCUAUUCUGAACCCAAGGCUCCAGGCCGACCAGGAUCUUGAAGACCUCCAACCACUACCCUCAAUGGACUUGGAUCCAGUGUGUCCACAGAAUGCUACAGACAUUGCCCACAUUACAGACCAUGGUUUAAAGCCUUUGGAAAUGGAAGAAGAUGGGAGAAAUAAGGAUGAGGACCAUGAAUCUGAAGGGCCUGGUGCGAGACUCACCAGCUCUCAUAUGGGAAACGUGUCUGCAGGAGAGGCUUCACACAUGUUCAUGUCCAUGUUGACUGAGGGAAGCAGCAUACGCUACGAGUCCAGUAUGCAGGUGGAUAGUGGUUACAACACUAUUUCAACUGGCACUGGGAGCCUCAUAGACGGGCUGGGAUCAGAGUUCAACAGCAAAGAGUCUUUCACUUCAAAUUCAGAAGAGGUCUUCCAAAUCACAAGACCCACUAAACCAAAGAUGUUUUACACAUAUUGA